GUGUCAUUUUAUUUACAUGCUGCACUGUGAGAAAUUUUGCGCCAAAUUGAGUGAGGAGUACCAAUGUGCGUGAGCUUAACAGCGAGCAAUACUGUUUAUCUAACAACCACACAACAAUGCUGCAACGCUUGUAUAGUGCACAAUGUCUCAAAUUUCCCGUAUCAUAUUGUGUGUUCAAAAGCCGACACUAUGCAACAAAACAAAAUCCAACGUCAACAACAACAAAUGCCGGGAGAUCCUCGACUUUGGGAGCUGCCUUUACUGAUUGGCGACCCAUAUAUCGGUUACCCUUAAUACGACUAGUAGCUGCAUUUAAUCGCCUUAAAGUCUAUCAGGCAAUUGUAACUGCGGCUGGAACACCGCUCAUUCUUGCUUUGCAACAUGCGGGUCACGUCUCGGGUGAGGCGCUAGGGAUUUAUGCAGCCAUUGGCGUCUCCGGUCUGAUGACACUCUCGCUGGGCAGCUAUGUGACCUCAAACAUAAUUGGCUUCAUCUACAUCAACAAUCAGGAGGAUCAGUUGAAGCUUGCCUACGUAGACUUCUGGGGCCGACGCAAAGAAUCGCUCGUCGAUAUAGAGGAUCUGCUGCCAGAUUGGGAGCCAAAGAGCAGGCGACGUUUAGGCUUCUAUCAGCCCAUCUGCCUGCGCACCGAUGAGAAGCAGCGCUACAAGCUUCUGCAUCGUUUCGGAGUUGUAACAGACCCUCUUCUAUUCGAGGGUCUCUUCGGACUAUGAUGCGAAUCGUGUGUAAAUGAUUAUUGUUAUUGGCCCGUUUCAACUAUAAAAAUGUGUAUAUAUAAAUAAUUUAAUAGCUACAAAGCAAAAAUUUA